AUGCAAACCCCCCUGAAGCUGCGCAGCUGUGUAGUAUGCCGAAGCCGGAAAGUCCGCUGCGACAAGCGAGCACCUUGUUCCAAUUGCCGUCGCGCAAAUAUCGCGUGUGUGCGUCCACCAACAGACCGUCCACCAAGAUGGGCCCGCCAUCUCGACCGCCUCGACAGCGCGGUAUCCAAUUUACAGGCCUCCCAGGAACCUGAACCAUUGACAGAAGAUGUGAUGGAGAGACUUCACAACCUUGAAAGCCUGGUUCAAGGGCUACGCGUUCAGCUGGAACAGGCUAAAUCAGCAGCUAACUCUGCCGGGGGAUCAUCCAGGGUCGGUUCGCCCGAAAGCUCCGCACAUGACCGACAGUCGAACCCGUCUUCCAUUAAUACUACUAAUGUGCAAAAUAAGUUUGGGAGACUGGUGCUUCAGGAUUCCAACCGAAGCCGCUACGUUAGCAGUGGCUUCUGGUCUCGGGUCAAUGACGAGCUUGAUGGCCUCAAAGCAGAUACUCGUGGUCUUUCAUUAGGAGAAUCUGAUACCUCGGAUGACGAGGCAUCGCCGGGGAUGACCACUUCCACGCAAGAACUUGAACGGACUCCCGCUGAGCGUCACGGAUUCUUGUUUGCGCACAAUUUAAGUCCCUUUUCUCCUAAUUUAACCGAUCUUCAUCCACUUCCUUCUCAAAUUCCGUUCCUCCUAGAUGUGUUCUCCGAGAAUGUGAACAUCAUCUUUCAAAUCGUUCAUAUUCCCACCAUCAAGGGUAUGGUUCGCGAUUGGCGCGGCCGUGAAAUGAAGGGACUCACACCGGCCAAUGAAGCUUUGAUGUUCGCCAUAUACUACGCUGCCAUCACCUCGAUGGAAGAAGAAGAUAUAUUACUCAAUUUCGGAACCACCAAAGCCGAGCUUAACCUCAAAUAUCGCCAAGGCCUCGAACAUGCUCUUGCAAGAGCCGACUUUCUGAAUGUACCAGACUUCGUUCUUGUGCAGGCGUUUGCAAUAUUCCUUACUCUUGCUCGCCGACAUGACAGUCCGAGGUUCGUGUGGAUGAUGACGGGGCUGCUUAUCCGAAUGGGCCAAGCUCUGGGACUACAUCGUGAUGGAACACAUUUUGAUUAUCUCAGCCCAUUUGAGAUUGAAAUGCGACGAAGAGUCUGGUGGACCCUGUGCAUAUUGGAUGUGAGAGCAUCCGAGGACCAAGGGACCGAUUACACAAUCACAAAAGCGAGCUUCGAUACUAAAAUCCCUCUUAACCUAAACGACACCGACCUUGACCCCGGAUCAAAGCGAACGCUUCAACCUCGCGAUGCCCUGAGUGAUAUGUCCGUUGCGCGAGUCUCCUUCGGUAUGUGUGAAGUCACGCGGCAGAUGAUGGCUCAUGGGUUCAAAGACGAAGCACCGAGUCUAGAAGAGCAAAGUCGAUCGUUGCAACAGAUAUACGAAGGUCUUGAACGUGACUUUCUUCAAUACUCAAUCGAGUCCGGGAACAUUAGAUACUGGGUGAUAGUUACGGUCGCUCGGCUUCUUCUGGCCAAGAUGACUCUGCUUAUCUACCUGCCUCUGUUGUUCUCCGCCCCAAAUGAAGACUUCUCGGAAGAGCUGCGGACAAAACUAUUAGUUUCGUGUAUCGAGGUCGCCGAGUACAAUCAUGCCCUGAACAACGAACACGCAUGUAGACAUUGGCGCUGGGUUUUCCAGACCUAUACCCAUUGGUGCUCCAUUGUCUACAUGAUGCUAGAGAUCUCUCGACGCCCGUGGUCGCCUCUUUCUGAACGGGCCUGGGUAGCUCUUCAUAGUCCCUGGUUAAUACCUAAUCAGUCACACUUGGAACGAGAUCUACGCAUCUGGAUUCCACUCCGAAAGCUGAUGACCCAGGCUAGGAAGUACCGCGAUAUAGAGUUCAGCCGGCUGAGAAACGACUCUCAAGCUGUCCAACAGCUUGAACAGGGCUAUGGUGUUACCCCACUCCCGUCGAGUACUGGGCCAUUUCCACCUGGUUCAAAUUCUGCAGAUCUAUUCCUUGACCAAUGGCGCCAGCUGGUGGCAUACUCACUCGCCCCCGGUUCCGCCGUCCCGAAUCCGCUGAAUCCACCGAUGCACAUUGCAGGUACAACGCAGUCAAGUGUGAAUCCUGGUCGUGGUUUAUCUCAAAAGGAACUCUACCCAUAUUUCACUGGCGAGCCAGAGUAUCUCGCUACACAGGAACGGCAAUUCGGGUACGAAAUGUCAAGCAUUGAAUCUACAGACGUCGAUUCAGGCGUGGCGCCUAAUCCAGGAAUCAGAUUUGGACUCCAAAAUUCAACCGUUUCAUCACACAACCAGUUCUCAAUGGAACCGGAAACUCAAUUCGACGUUCAACUUGCCACCCCAGCCGUUGUUGUACCUUGGCUGUGGUCUGAGGAGGGCAUAUCAACCGAGUUCACCUCCGAAGACCAAGCCGAUAGCAACAUGGGCAUGGACGAGGAGGUGAAUUGGUACAAUUGGGCCGCGUCCGCGAAGAAUAUGGAAUGUGAUGGGGGUACCUAUAGCAGUAGACCGCGUUAG